CCCCCCACGUUCGGACGGUUACGCCGCAGCUCUUGAGGAUCCGGACCCCGGAUCCGCAUUACCCGCUCAGGGCCUAACCGCAACUAUAUCGAUCCUUCAGGAUCCUACACCGAAUUGGGGGAGGAUCAAGAUGGAGGGGGGGAGGACGAGAAAGGCAGAGAGGCGUUCUUAGGUAGCAUGCAUCCUCGGUGCUUGAUGGUAAUAAUCAUGAUUGAUACAUCCAGUUCUGGACUUUGGGCGGUGUCCAGAUAUCGGUGUUCGGAUCUGGACUUUGCCAUCGGCAUGGGUUCCAUAAGCGCGAUUAGGACCACAAAUGCAACGCAGUGUAUCUUGCUUUUCUGUGGAAAGGAAAUAAAGAGGGGGGGGGAGAGGAGGGAGGGGCUUGCUUUUCCUCAUGCAGAUCCUCGCAGCGCUCAUGUCCGCUAUAUGCUGGGUCUGGGUCUGGGUCUGGGUCACUGGCGCCAAAGAAGUGGUGUUCGUUAAGUA